GACAGACGCCGGCUUGUGUAAUGUUUUGGUGACAGCAGUAGUUUCUGCUGUAUGUACGUUGUUGUGUGCUAUGCUUUGGUGGAGUUCGGUGGUUUCGUUUCGAUUUGCUUUGUUUUUAUUGCAACAUGUGUCCAUUUAAGACUAUAAUGAAAGAGUGUAUGAAGGAAUUCAGCAUCGGAAACAAAGGCCAGUUUUGUGGCAUUUGUUCAUCCGAAGAAGAAAUCGAUUACCUUUUUACCAGGCUCAAAUGUGUUGGGUAUUCUUAUUCGGUGAGGAGCAGCGCUUAUAACAGAUUAUCCUCCGACGCUACAACCAGUAAACCACGAUUCUUCUUCAGUCAGUCUCAAGGGGCUAUUCAAAUCCCAUUUUUUGGGUCACCAUUUUCGGUUGAAUAUGUAAGCUACAGGCAAUGUACACUUGGUCCAAUGUACUAUGAUAAAAACCAGAUUCCUAUUCCUAAUCACCUGGUUGACCAUAUCAUCCCAAAUAAAAAGCGAAAGUUGUUUAUGGAUACCAAGAAAAGUGACUGUCCUGCCACAUUUUUAGUAAAAUGUGUCAGAGUUUAUCCUGGCUAUUUAGUCCUGUCACAGAAUGAUCGCAAGACAAAAAAAAUGGUUAUUGAUAGCUUGAAGAAGCAUUUGGAGUUACCCAAUAAACCAGAAAGCUUUCUUCGCUUGUAUGUGGUUGCUUCACCACCAGAGCACCACACACACAGUGCAGCACAUAUGAAAACAAGCGGAGAUCUGCAUCCUCGGCUAGCUUUGGAAAUACGGAACCAUGUCAAAAAUGGAACAACAUCAGUAAGAGAAAUAAAAUUGCUUCUUGAAAAGUUUGUUGAGACAAACUUCAGUGGGCCAGCUAGACCAGACCGUGUAAACACUGCAUUUUACCCCACAGACAAAACUAUUUAUAACCAUGUGUAUAGGACAAGAAAGAGAAUUUUUGGUGAAGAUUCAUUAGAGAUCCAGACUGAUAAGGCAUAUGGAUGUGACUCAAGCAGCAGGUGUACUGCACCAAUUAAUUCUGUAAGAAAUGGUGUACAGAAUACCAGCAGCAGUGAUGAAAGGAACAAAAAGCACACCAGUCCUGAAAAAUCAAGCCCUUGUUCAUCCCUGUCUCAAGAGGCAAGAGACAUAUGUAAAAAUAUUAUAGAUCUCACAUACAAUUGCAGUGAUGAAACAAUAAAAAAACUUGUAGAUGACCUUAGAAAUGUGCAGCGUAGUGUAGAAUUGCCAGACCAUGCAGGCAGUGACCUUCCUUUAACAGUGGCAACAAAUUUUAAAAUAGAGAAACAUAUUUGAACAGUGAUGGUGGACCUGUGAAUCCUGAAGGGGCAGACAGAGCAACUCAACAAGUUUGUGGUGUGCAAAUUUGAUAUGCCAAGUGGCCAUAGUGGAGCUGCAAUCAGUUGUUUUAGAUAAAUGGAGGAUAUGAAGGGGCAUGCACAAGUGGUAGGUGGUAUGCAGAGACAAAAUCGGCCAGCCAAGUGCAAAAAAAACUUUCGUCGAGUUUACAACAAAGUGCCCCCGUCGUUCAAGACUAUAAAGAAGUGGUGUGAUCAGUUUUUGGCUACUGGGAGUGUUGCGAAAGGGCAUGGUGGUGGUAAGCCUGGGAUCAGCGGACAUCAUGUGGAACAUGUGCGACAGUCAUUUGAACAAAGUCCACAGAAGUCAGUGCGACAGGCAGCACGAGAACUUCAUAUGAAACGUUCAACAGUGCACAAAGUGCUUCAUCAGCGAUUACGUUUGUACGCAUAUAAAGUGCAGGUUGUGCAAGAAAUCAAGCCUGAUGAUCGACCAAAGCGAGAAGAAUUUGCAUGUGUCAUGUUAGAUCGCAUUGUCGCGGACGAGACAUUUUUAUCAUAAUGUUUACUGACGAGGCAACCUUUCACUUAUCAGGGGCUGUCAGUCGUCACAAUGUGCACAUCUGGGGAUCUGAAAAUCCACAUGCACCUAGGGAACACAUGCGCGACAGUCCGAAAGUUAAUGUGUGGUGUGGUUUGAUGAUAAAUCGCAUUAUUGGGCAGUUUUUCUUUCAGGAGCCGACUGUGGAUGGAGCCAUCUACCUGGACAUGUUGGAACAAUUUGCCGUGCCACAGAUAACAGACCUGCAGCCAAAUGUGAUGUUUUAACAGGAUGGUGCACCACCCUAUUGGAGCCUUGAUGUCCGAAAAUUUUUAAAUGACACAUUCCUGCAAUGAUGGAUUGGCCAUGGAAGUCCAAUUCCUUGGCCGCCACGUUCGCCCUACAUAACUCCCCUCGAUUUUUUUCUUGUGGGGUUAUGUGAAAGACCGGGUAUACGCUACACCAGUAAAGGACCUGCAAGACUUGAAACAGCGCAUAAGAAUUGUCAUAAACUCUGUCACAGAACAGAUGCUCCGCAACACAUGGCACGAAAUCGAUUGUAGACUUGAUAUUCUUCGUGCUACCCGUGGCGCCCAUGUUCAAGUGUACUGAACCGUCCACCUGUGUAUGAAAACUUGAUGAGCUACUGUAUGAUUUCCCUGUAUUUGUUCGUCAAUAAAUUGUGUUUCCUCUCCGAUUUUAUGAGUUCAAAUGUUGGAGUCUCAUUGUGGACACCCUGUACUAUGAUACAGCCAUUGAGUGUCCAGCAGAGUCUGCUUGCAAUAAACUUCAGUAAGACAGACAACAGUAAACAUUACGUAAGAAAGUAAACUGUGAACUAUAAAUAAAAUGGAGAAAGAUUCAAAGACAGUGACAAACCCAAGCCAACAGAAAGCAGCAGUGCCUGGCACAGUGAAGAAGGCUGGAGGCAUACGUAGUAGUUGAGGCGAUAACAGAUGGCGCCAGCAGAAGACUGUACAUGCAAUAUCAUGAAUAUGUUAAUGAACAAAUCCAAACAUUGAGGCUGCCCCUGAUUAAACUGAAGAAGAAAGAUGUGUCGUCUUCUCCAGUGAUGAGGGUUCCGUUGAUGAUAACGGUUAUGCGAAUGAAUCAGUUGACAUGUUUAGUUUGCCACAAGUAUAGAAAAUACCAAAUGAAACAUUUAAAAAGGCUGUUUACACUGCGCUCACAACAUUGAUCGUGGCUAAUAAUGGACUACCAAUGUUCGCAACACAAAAUCAGUGUUCCAUGACUGCGUCGGUAGCACUAUGGAGCGCUAGUGUUUGUUUGCUCGGAGAGAGUGUUUUGGUGUUUGUUGUGUGAGUGGUGGGGUGUUUAUUUUAUUUUCCUUCAUUUUUGUUUAAAAUGGAGUGGUCACGAGACAAAAUUUUCCAGUUGCUAUUAUUCUUUGAGGCAAAGGAGUGCCUGUGGAAUGUACAUGGCUGAGGUUACAGAAUUACUAAAAUCAAGCAUGAUUCAUUACAAAAAGUUCCUGUGGUGCUUGGCAGUGAUAUGGACAAAAAAAUUAAAUCUCUCUUGUCUCAGUAUCGACGAGAGAAAAGAAAAAUAGAGGACAGUAAAAAAUCUGGAAGUGGUACUGACAUACUACAAAAUGAGUGGGACACAACUCUGGGGUAAACAAGGUUAUGCUUGCAAAUGAUUAUUUUUAUUCUGGUGUAAAACAAUUUGAGCUGCAAUUAUAUUGCCAUGGAACAGCUCCUUGUGGGAUCAUGAAGUAGUUAGCAAAUUCGUUGUGAAUUUCCUUGAGUGUUUGAGAAGUUCUCCAUGGUAUAUUUGGGAAUGCAGUAAUAGAGGAUGCAUUAGCAUCUCAUCUCCAUGCCACUGGGAGGACUUCACCUGUUUGUGGACAAAAAGAAUUGAAGCUUCCUGGUGGGCUGUAAUAAUUUCUUGAGUCCGAAUUUCUUCUUAAAAAAUUGUGCAGACAUACUGCUGUCAUUGUGGUGGUUUGUGCCUCCUGUGGUUGUAAUAGCAUUGGUUUGCGGAAGACAUGAAACACUGAGGUCAUAAUACCAAAUGUGUUUUCCACACCCAUUCCCAUGACAAUCUAUAGUUAUAGAUUCUCUCUUUUGGGCCUUUUUGGAUACGGCUUCAUGAUAUUUUCCUGUAAUGGAAAAGCAUCAUUUGCCGUGAAUAUGUAUGGUAGUGGCUUUGUCCCUCCAGGUAAACACACGUGAGGCGGCAAGUUCAGUUUGUUUUUGUGAAUUAGUUCACUUAGGCAUUCUGGAAAACAACUCCAUCAGAAAUCCUCCCUUGGCAGCCAACGUCAGCAUAUAAAAAGUUGUAGUUGGCGUCAACUACAGUAAGCAACACAAUGCGAAAUGAUCCUUUAUAGUUAUAAAACUUGUUCUCACUAGCAACAGGGCACUGUAGAAAAAUAUGCUUCCCAUCAAUUGCUCCCACGCAAUGAGGGAAGUGGAGUGCCUGGCGGAACAUACUCUCUUUGGAACGCCAUUCGUCUUCAGUAGCUGAAAUCUGAAACAAGGAAAUUUGACUUCAGGUUUUGCAAGAGGUACCUCAACAUGCAGCAGCUGAAACAGAGGAACUUGCAGUGAAAGAAGAAGACAGCACACCACCUCCACAAAAACGUAUCAGGAGGGGGGUUGGAAGAAGCAACCCCAUAUUUAAUGCAGCAGAAAUGUUGCAUAGCAGCAGCAACUACUACAGGACUCGGCAACAGAUAUGGGAAAAUUUCGUUACUAAGUUGAAAGAGCUUCCAUCCUAUGAAAGGGCGGUGGCUACCAGACGAAUAAGUGAUGUGCUGUACGAGGAGGGACUGAAUGCUCUGAGGAAGCAGCAGAGUAAUAAACAUAGAUGAAGCAGGAUCAUCAGCUUCAACUUCAACUGCAGAUUCCCGUCACAUUCAGUGGCAGCAAAUCUGAUUUGGAUUCUGAAGAAAUUAUCUUCAUGGAAUGAUGCU